AUGGCGGAACACGACCUCACCGCUCGAAUGGGCUGCUUUUUGGACCGGCAUCUAGUGUUUCCCUUGUUGGAAUUUCUCUCUGUCAAGGAGGUAAAUACUUUCUUGAAUUACUGCUUUCCCUUUUUUAGGAUUUUCCGAGUAUAAUUUACCGGGCAAAGUCACGUGAAAUAAAACUAGAUACCAAGGAUGAUCCACUUUCAAUUUGUAGAUUGGCCGUACACUUUUUUAAAUUAAUAAGUAACAAUUUUUUGCCUUUGUUCGUCUUUAUUUCUAGAUAUAUGAUGAAAAAGAAUUACUUAAAGGGAAGCUCGACCUUCUUAGCAACACAAACAUGGUAACGUAUAAGUUGAAGACUGUCUUUGGCUUUUUAACUAAUUUCGGCCCUGUCUGACUGACGUAGAUGAAAAAUCCACACUCCCCUGAAAAGGCAUUUUUUUUUUCCUUUUUCCUUUUAAAGAAUCCCGCAUGAUUGUAUUUACCCCUAAAGACCUCCAUAAGUUAUUUUAGAAAGUAUGAUUUUGUCUCUGGUGAAUCUUAUUUAGAGGUACAUGCAAUGCACUUCUAAAUACCAAAAAAAAUUAAAAACUCCGUUCAUAGUGUAGGAGUUUAACCUCAAAGAAUCUCACACUUCUUCAUUCUUAAAAGCUUACCUAAAGAAUAGACUUUCAUUUCUUUUAGGGACCGUUGCUUUAUAGAGGAAAAAACUAACUGAAUGCAUGAGCAAAAUGAGGAUUAAAAUAAUAAUUUAAAAUUAUGCAACAACAUGAUGAAUUUUGUUGUGGUUCAAUUUUUUCCUUUUUUCCUUGGUUUGGAUUUUAUUUUCUUUGUUUUGGGGUAUGUUAAUGUAAGAUAAUGAGUUUGAAACAAAGGAAAACAAAAUUUAAACCAAGGAUAAAAUUCAACCACAACAUAUACACCAAAUGUAGAAUGUAAAACCAGAAAAAACAAUAAUCUUAUUUAGUUAUUUUCUGUAUUAAUCUCGCUUGAAUCUACAGUAUAUUGGCUAAAAUCAAAAAAAUGCUAAGCAAUGUCCCAACUUGAUAUUCACUGUUCUUGGCUAAAAGAUGCAUCAAGAAAUGACCAGUAUUGCACUUGAUUCAUUCUUUGUUGUUGAACCUACAGCAUAAUUUUUUUGGCAUAUUAAACAUUUUAGAGCAAUGAUCCCCUUGGAACAAAAGCCAAAGAAUUUGGCCAGUUUUAUUCCGUACUCCAUAUAUGAUAACAAUUUUAUGAGUGUCCACACUUUAUAUCAGAAGAAUUAACCAAGGUUGGCUGUAGGGAAUGUAAGAAGAGAGAGGGGGUGGGAGGGGAAAGUGGUCAGAGGAUUGCACCUAUUGUAGAUGCUUGAAUUUGUCCUCUCCUUCAAAUAUCUGCCCUAUUCAAUUAGCUCCCCUGGAGGAUGAAAAAAUAAUAAUAAUUAAUAAAGCAAGUGCCUCCCCGCUUAAAUGUGUACCCCCAACUCUCCCCUGGGUAGGAACAAAAUCAUUGAAUUUAAGCUAAAGAAGUAGAAUUUAAGGAAACUAGACUUAUGAUAGUAACUGCACUGUGAUUUAUGUUUCUUCUUACAGAUACAUGUAGGUUCUCAUUUACUUUCUUACAAUAUAUGUUUACUUGAAAUAAAUUAAGUUGAAAUAAACAAGUCAAGCCUUUACAGUAAUGCAAUAGAAAUUUGUUAGAUUUGUUUUUCUUUAAACUUUAUGUUGUUAACUUGUAUUCAUAAGAAAAAACUUAUAUUCCAAAACUGCUUUUUGUUAUGAGGUUUGCAGACCUUUCUUUAUACUCUAUAUUUGCUGGUUGAAGUGAUGUAUCACACUCCUGGGGGUUGUUACUUUUAUGAUGCAUUAAAAGUAUGGUUGUCUUUCACAAUCUGUUAUAUAAGUCUGUUAUUGCUUAUUUUAUAGGUUGAUUUUGCAAUGGAUGUUUUUAAAAAUCUAUAUCCAGACCAGGAUGUUCCAGAAGGUUUGUUUAUUACUCUUCUGUGUUAGCUUCCUGGCAGGGACUAUGGAGGAUAGCCUAUUACUUGAUACAAAAUACCAAAAAGGCACUGUCACCCAUAUCACAGCACAAUAAUAGGUUACCAACAAAAGUUUCCACAACAACAACAAGCUGAUAUUAUAAUUAAGCAUCAGAAACAGAAGUGCUUAACCUAUAGUUUAUUUUGGCCAGAUACUGACCAGAAAACACCUUAACUACUGGCUUCAAAAGACGUUUUUUGUUAACAUUUCAAGGAGAAAAUGAGUUAAACAGUCUUGUUUGAUAAAAUAAUGUAUUAUGUACAUUGAAUAAACAGUGUAUGCUGUAAAAAGAAUAUGGAGAGCAUUGGGUAGUUUAUCAGUUAAAUACAGUCAAAGCUGUCUUAGCCACUUGCAACUAGCCCUUAGUAGUUACAACCCGCAGUGUGAAACCUACAACCCUUGUCAUCAUUGUUGAAACACUUGCAGAUUUUUGGCCUUCUUUUGUUGAUGUUUAUGAGGUAUAAGUCCAAGCAAAACUGUCAAACAAACAGUGAGGGGAAGAGAGGAGAGCCCUACAUGUGCCUAUACAACACAGUCAACUCUCUUGUGUGUUCUAGAAGUGUUUCAAGGAAUUUUGACCAUGAUUUAAGUUUGAAUUUUGAGUUUAAGUCUGUGAUGAAAAGCCUUUAUAAUCCAUGGUGACCACUUUCAUCAAAUACUUGGGGGGUCUUUUCCUCUGUUUUGAAGUAGUCAUAAGGGACCAUUUAAUCAACAGUUGAACAUUAAUUUUACUUCUUGAUUAAAUUUAGAAUACAGAGCAUAGAAACUAGUGGUUUGUUGACUUGAACAUAUGCCAAUUAAACAUAGUAACAGAUAACUGAUAAAAAAAUCUUUUCAAUAUAAUUUUUUAGUGAAGUGCCAUGCGUAAUGAUUAACAUAUACCAAGCUAUUUGCUUAAUACUAUCAUAAGUGACCAAUCUUAAUACAUGUAGGUGUAUCACAUGGUUGCUUACAAGAGCCCAUUCUUGUAGAUGACCAACUACAGAACUUUUCUGUGGUGGCUGCUUGUGAGAGCUUUGACUGUAUUAACAUUUUUCAACAGUCCCAUCCACCACACAAUAAGAAAUACUCUACUUUGCACAUCACCACACCUUCCCAGAUUUAACUGAUCCUUAAAUGAAAUAAUAUAAUGAUUUUUUGUUGUUUUUGUCUCUUUAGAUCUUGUACAAAAAAGAACAGAAGUUGUCACACAGUUAAAGUAUCUUCAGGCUCAGACUGAACCUAUUGUCAAAUGUUUUGAAGAUCCAGAGUUCAACAAUCAGAUACAGACAACAAGGUUAAAAGAUUAUUUAGUUACUUGAUGACUUGAGUUUUCUUAUAACUUGAAAUCAGAAAAUUUAAUUUCAUGGAUGUUUUUAACCUUGUUCAUUCUUUGCUUUGAAGGGAUGGGAGAUCACUCUUCGAAUACCUUGAAAAAAACCAUGGGGUAAGUUCAUAUUUUUUUUAUGUCAAAUAUGUAAACACUGAACAGGGUGCCCAAAAAAUCCAGUUUCAACCUUACCCCUUUAUUAGUAGACAUGCUUUGCCUUUGAUUUACUGAUGCUUUAUUGACAUUUCUAUCUAAAUGAUCUGUAUUAAAUGUAACUUUCCCUACAUUUCAUUAAUUUUAGAAGAUUAGAAUAUCCCAUAAUAUUUAUAUACAUCUUGUCCAUUAUUUAAGAAAAGGAUAAAGUCAAAUAUUCAGAGAGAAAGAUUUUCCUGAGGCUAUCAGAUGUAUCUCAUAGUGUAGUAUAUCAGUAACAAUAGCUGUUACUAAUGUCAGCCUGGAUUUAAAUGCUUAUGUUGUGGUUCAUUUUUAUCCUUGGUUUAAAUUUUAUUUUCUUCUGUUUCAAAAUCCCUAUCAUACAUUAUCAUACAUUACCAUACCCAAAAACAAAGGAAAAUAAAAUUUAAACUAAGGAUAAAAUUGAACCACACCACAUACAAGAUAAUUUAUAUGAAUCAAGUUUUAUGAAAUUCUGAAUUUUUAUUGUGUUUGCUAUUUGCAGAUUAAGCCAGAAAUGUUGGACACGUUGUAUAAAUAUGCAAAAUUUCAGUAUGAGUGUGGAAACUAUUCUGGUGCUGCUGAGUAUCUGUACUUCUAUCGUGUGCUUGUGAGUUCCUAGUUUCUGUUUUUAUUCUAUUUACUUUUGCAUUGUCUGAUGUCUUCUCAUCAAUUCAUAUAGUUAUCAAAAGCAGAAGCUCUCAAGGGUGGAUUCAGGAAAUUUUUUAUUGGCUGAUCUAACUUGUAAAGCCUGUUAAAGCUGUUUCACUGAGCACUAAUAAUUUUCUUACCUCCCUACUACAAUCAUGGACAAAAGUCUUGGGACACUUUUGCAUUUCUGGGCAUUUCCAAUUCACACAGGCCCUACCCUUCCCCUCACCCCACAAACAAUGUUGGGCAUGUGUAUCCAGAAUUUUUUCCAAGUUUCAACUUUGUAUAGGGUGGGGGGAGGGAGAACUGCAAGAAAAAUUAAUUUCAAAAAGGAUGCACAGUUUUAUGAGGGAACCCAGAAUGACAAAAAAAAAGGAAUAUUGCAUUGCUCUCCCAUGACUGUAGAUAAUAAUAAUUAUUAUAACAGACAAUGUCAAUAUGGACUCGUACUUUCAUGAUCGGUGGUACAUGUCGGACACAGCUGAUAAAGACAGUUCAUAAAGGACACAGCUUUGAACUUUCUCAGUGCUCUGCUUGUGAAAGAGCAUCAUCACAGCUUUUUAUGACCUGACCAUGAUUUCAAAACAAAAUUUGAAAUCAAUAAUUAAUGUUCAUAUUUUUUACUUCAGGCCACUGGUAAUGAUGAUAGAAAUACAUUAAAUGCUCUUUGGGGCAAAUUGGGCUCAGAAAUCCUUAUGCAGAAUUGGGAAACUGCGCUAGAAGAUCUAAACAGACUCAAGGAUGUCAUUGAGAGUAAUGUAAGUGAUACCUUAUUAACUUCUUUUUUUCAUUUCUAUCUUUUCAAUAUGAAAACCAAUAAUUUUUCCAGUGGAUAGCAUUAUCUCCCCUUUAAAUAACUGGUGCUUGAUAGUAGAUUGUGUUAUUUAUUUAGUAAUCACACAAUAAAUCUUAUUUUAAUUGGUUACCCUUUGCAGGAGGUAAAUUCAACAUAAUAUGGGCAAUUUUAAGUCAUAAUAAUAUUGGCUGACACUUGGAGUAAUUACAUGCCAUGACAUAUGUGAUUGACAGUGUACUGCCCUGUUCAAAACCAUUUGAAAAUUAUUAGUUAAUGUGUAGACCUGGAAGUGUCCCUUAUCUGCCUCUAAGUUACUUCAAGUUUAACAGGGUUCAUAUGGGUCAUGGAAAAGCUGGAAAGUCAUGAAGUUUAAGAAUUUCAUUUUCCAUGCCAGGAAUGAUGUUUGGUCAUGGAAACUCAUGGAAAUUUAAGUUUCUGUUUGGUAGAUUAGUUACUGCAGGUGUCAAAGUUAGGACAAAUUAAGACAGAGACAAAACUUGUAAAUAGUGUGAAUAUGGUGCAUUUUGGUGGACUCCAGCAUUUGUGUCUGUUGAACUGAAUUUGGUCAAAAAUACCCUAACACAAAAAAAGGGUUAAAAACUUUGGAAAGUGACAGCUAAAUCUAAAGUCAUGAAGAACUGCAAGAUGUCAUGGAAUUUGAAUAUAAAGUCAAGGCAAUGGGUUUGAAUUCACUCCAACCAAAUGGAGAUUGAGUAUUUCUCACCUGUCAUUCCCAAUAUUAGAGCCAUUGUUAAAACCUGCCCUUCCCUGUUACACAAUUUACUGUAUUUCUCUCCUACCCUCCCAUCUUUAACAACCAUUUUUACCCGCCACCCAACCCCCAAGCCUUGCAAGGUUUUGCAAUACACAUUAUUUCUGGUUAAUUUUAUUGGUGUGUAUCAUUUUUGACUUCAGACUAAUACUGGAACACUGCAGUUGUUACAAGAGAGAACAUGGUUGAUUCACUGGAGUCUGUUUGUGUUCUUUAAUCAUCCAAAAGGAAGGGAUCUUAUCAUUGAUUUGUUUCUUUAUCAACCUCAGUAAGUGAUCAUUGUACUUCAUAGUUAUUAGUGUUCAACCUUAUUAACAGCUUUUCGAAGUGUUAGCGUAAGGGGAUAUUUCUGAUCAAAGUUCCCAUAAAAUUAAUAUUCUAAAAGUUGCUCUCUGAUUUUGCAUGCCCAUGAAGGGGUUGGCGAUACAGUGGAAGGCAAGAAUUUAUCUUGAGAUAUUGAUAACAUUGAAUUAUGAAUUUAGUGUGAUGAAGGGAUUUUUUUAGAGUCAUUAUGUACUGAUAUAUAUGUUCUGCAAUAACUGAUUAUAUUCUUCUUUUCCACUCAUUUUCAUACAUGUAGGUAUCUCAAUGCGAUCCAAACCACCUGCCCCCAUAUCUUGAGGUACUUAACAACAGCUGUUAUCACCAACAAACGUCGACGAACGGUACUCAAGGACCUUGUGAAAGUUAUACAACAGGAGUCUUACACAUACAAGGACCCCAUCACUGAGUUCCUGGAAUGUCUUUAUGUCAAUUUUGAUUUUGAUGGUGCUCAACAGAAGCUUAGGGAAUGUGAAACAGUAAGUUUUUUUGGUUACAUUUGUUGCUUUGUGUUUGACCUUCUGGGGUUUUUUGUGCACUCUUUUUAGCUUGUGAAUACAGUGACCUCUCUUACAUGUGGCUCCCUGACACUGGGAGAUUUUCUCAUCACAUUGUGUCGCAUCGCCUGCAACAGGGAGCUAUAGGAGCCAGCUGUAUGCAGUGGCUAACACUUCUCAUUCAUUUUCACAGUUAAUUUCAUGGCUACAUGUAUAUGUUGUGGUUCAAUUUUAAGCUUGGUUUAAAUUUUAUUUCCCUUUGUUUUGUUGUAUGGUAAUGUAUCAUAAUGAGUUUAAAACAAAGGGAAAUAUAAUUUAAACCAUAUAUUAAAUUGAGCCACAUAUACAACCCAUCAAAGGACUCAAAUCAGGGCCUGAAAAAAGUCCUGUGUGGUAGUCCAGGACUAGUGGAUUUUCUUGCUGGGCAAAUUACUUUUAAAGCUCACUUUCUUUCCCACCAGCAAAGGUCCAGGCAAGUCAUCCUGUAACCCUUUAAGCCCCAAGAUCCACAUACAAAUUCUCCAGACUGAUCUCCAUACAUUUCGUUUAAGAAUAGUUGAGAGAAUUUGGUUUAAGAUCAAAGUAUUCUCUAUUUGGUAAUCAAUUUAGUAAUUCUCAUAACCUUUACUCUUCAUGAUCUGCUGAUGUUGUUAGGAGAAAAUUGAUGUUGGUCAUUCUUGGGACCUAAAGGGUUAGCUAAAUCAUUAACUACGACGAGCAAGAAGAGGCCCCUGGCAAGCAAAAUGUGAGAGCUGCUUGCCCAAAGGCCAAACUAAAAUUCAAGUCUUUUUUUUUUUUUCUUCAAGCCUUGGAAACGUAAACUUGUGUUGCUCAAUGCAUUAACGUUAAUAUUCAGUAGACUUCUGCACGGAAUGCCAAUAUCUUCAUGUUACCAUCUUUUUUACUUUUGUAGGUUCUUCUGAAUGAUUUCUUUCUUGUGGCUUGUUUGGAUGACUUUAUUGAGAAUGCAAGAUUGUUUAUAUUUGAAACUUUCUGUAGAAUACACCAGUGCAUCAGUAUAAGGUAUGGUAACUGUUAAAUUAAGUACUGCAUCUUUUUCAAUGAUGCAUGAAUGCAGUCCGUCAUAAGUGCAUUCACAGAAGAAUGCUUUGUUUUGUAUGUUUCUUGGGUGCAAAUAGUUUGUAUGUCAUCCACUGACUUGGCUUUUUUCUGCCCAAAUGCUUUGUAUUUUAUUUUGUAAUAUUUUUAUUGCUAAAAGCUUCCUUUUUUUACUCUCUUUUCAUAUGCUCAAAAAAUGUACUUCUCUGAAAUGUAGUAAACAUGAUGCUCGUCCUAUUUUUAAAUAUGCUAAAAUAGCUGUCUUUGUUAUUUACAGCAUGCUCGCUGAAAAAUUGAACAUGACUCCUGAGGAAGCUGAGAGGUGGAUUGUUAAUCUGAUCAGAAAUGCCCGACUAGAUGCUAAGAUUGACUCUAAGCUGGUAAGUUAUCUUUUCGUGUGGUAUAUUGCCGGUAGCUGUAAAGGUUUAACAGUAGCUUAUCACAAAAUUAAUAGCUUGAAAUUGCUUAUUUUGCGAAGUGAAAGUUUUGCCUCCGUGCAAAAAGCGUCCUAUUUCCUUCUGUGUCAAGAAAGGCAAAGAAAAGUCGUAGGUGCUAAAAGGGGAAAAGGCCCUGAGAUUGUUCGCAGAAUAAAAGGCCACUUUGUCCUUGCAAUGGAAUCUCAUUUGCCUUGCUUCAGUUCUAUUUUCACCAGUUUCGCUUCUUGUCAAAUUCGCUACGUUGCAGUUCGCUACCUACAUACAUUUGUACGGUUAACGGUUGUUUCGAUACAAAUUAAUUCUUUCGAGGUGUAUAUAGUUUCACGUACUUGGCUUAAAGAACGAAGAAUAUUCAUCCAAAAUGAUUUUCUUGUUCAAUUGCAAACUUUACUUGAAGUAAUCGAAAUUUUUGGGCAGUUUCACUGCUUGAGUUCGUAUCGAAACGACCGGUUUCCCCUACACACUAGGCUCGCUGCCUUAUGGCGACAAAGUCCAAAACUUUCACUUUCGGAGAGGCAGGCUUAAAAAGAACGAGAAAUAUAAAAAAAAUUUUCCUAGUGGAAUAAAGGAAUUAUUUUGAAUGGUUUAUUGAAAGUAAUGUGUAGCGAAUGAGUUGCAAACCAGGAAGUAGCGAAACUGGUUGUUGCCUUUCCAAUGAUUUUGGGAUCAUUUGUUAUAAGUCACAGUGAAAUGUCACCUUUGUAGGCUGUUUCUGCUUUUCCUAACAAAUCCCUAUUUGAAAAGAAGUCGUAACAAAAUAUUAUCGACAUUUUAAGCUAUUUGGUAGCUCUUCCCAGCGCUGUCUUUGUCCUUGGGGUGGAGUCCUGAAAGGGCGAGUCACCUUGUUGUGCUGAGUGGCUUGCAAAAAUAUCUCGCGCCAGAUUCUUAAGAUAACUCAUCGAAAGUGAAACCAAAACUUCUUGCAACCUCGCAGUCGUUUUCACCGCCCUAGAAUUGGGUAACAAGUUGCUACGGUUAUGUAUUGGUUUAUUUGUCGGUCAGCGUCUCCUGUGAUUGGCUGAAUAACUAUGUCGAUUUUGGUUUUACCGAAGUCGUUUGAAAACCGCUCCAUAUAACACGUGAUAAUCAGGAUUCUCCUUCUUGUUGUCCUCAGGGUCACGUGGUCAUGGGGACACAGGCUCCCUCUGUGUACCAACAAGUGAUUGAGAAAACCAAGGGCAUCAUGUCUCGCACGCAAGAGCUGGCACGUAACAUCGAAAAGAGGCUGAAUAUCGACAAAGCAGGCUAUGAAGUAAGUUAAUGUGCCUAGUGAUGCUAAUAAAGGGGUACGCUACGGUUUCUGCAACCGAUGUAUGUCUCCUCUAUUGCAAUUUAUCCUUUAGUCUUUAUUUUGACCUCCUUUAAAACAUCUUUUGAAUUUUCCUUGAAUCAGUCUCAAGAUAAUUUUAUACGUUGCAAGUAAUGACUCAAAAUAUUUUGACAGAGCUCCUCUAGGAACAAUAGCUAUAAAGUGGAUUUAUGCCUUCUAUCUAUCUAUUUCGGGCGCACCCGCACUGAUUUUAUAAGUCUGUCCUAUUCCCGCCUGUUGGCCAUGACAGAUGUAAGAUCCUGCCUCGAGAGACCGGUGUCACUCUCUAGUUGGUCAAUAAAGAUUUUUAUUAUUAAUUCCUUACUUUUUUCCCUCCUACACUAAUCCGGGUAAAUGGGAAAACAAAAUGUGGCCAGAGAAAUCACAUGGUUAUCGUGACGUCAGCGUUUUCGAAACGCUCUUUUUAAAAUGUUUUCCAUCCACACUGAAAUGCAAACGGCGUUUCAAUUUUAUCCACUUUGAACAGCGUAUUCAAAAAGUUCCGUUUCCAGAUUAAGGUGGACGGUGGGCCUCGCCGUAAGAAUGGAGUUGUGUUGUCAAGUGUACCUGGCGUAGUGUAGGCAAGGCCCAAGACAACUUUCUCAACAAUUUCGAUGUGUUAAAAUUCAUGCUUGGCUCCGAGGCUUGGGGAAAUAGAAGAAAAGAAAUGUUGUAUUCAUUACUGAGCCAUCAAGAUGAUUUCAGUCUUUGUUUUAUUUGGAAUUGGUCUAUUGAUUAGCUUUGUCCCGUUGUUCUUGCAUGACACGUCCUUUUUUCCAAAAGAAGAAAUCUUUGUUUGAAUUACAUGUGUCAAAAGCUUGUUGUGUUGAAUCAAAUUUUAAUACUGAUUUCCACAGAAAUUUGUAUCGUAUUGAAGCCAUUUAGUUUAUUAUUUAUUAAACAAAUGCACGCCCUAAACAGAAGCUAUCUUUUUGGCCAGUUCUAUAAUUUGCAUUUAUAUCUUGACACUGUUGGCUUAAAGCUGCGUCCAUUCCGUGCACGGCUUUUCAAACAACAUUAAUAAUUUUCAUUUUUAAGAAUUUUAUCAACAGUUGGUCAACAAAUGUUUGACGUUUACCAAACAAACAUUGAAAGUGUUCCAACAAGUCUUGAAAAAAAUGUAAUUUUUUUUACCCUCGAAGCACUUAGGAGUUCUUGAGAACUCGCUGAAACGUGUCCGUGUGUUCCAGAUGGAAUUGGAAUUUGAGAAAAUGUUAGUUUUUGAGGUGAGGGGAAAACCGGAGUACCUGGAGAAAAACCUCUCGAAGCAAGGGAGAGAACCAACAACAAGUCAGAUUCGACCGCACACAAUCAUUAUAAUGUCAUUCGACUUUGAGCUCGUUACCUCCUUCAAUCCUCAAAAUUAAUCAAUAUAUGUUUGUAAUCCCAUCUUAUUUAUUUUUUUAGGGUCCUUGGGACGCAUAUGACCCUUCUGGAUUCUUCAAGCAUUGAAACAUGCCCUUUGAAAAAAAAACCUUAACUAACUCCAUGAGGGUUGCCAAGUUGAGUGACCUGUGACACUACCCAUAAAUUCCAUCCAAGUCAGAGAUAUUUAUUUUGAAUAAGCAGAUGCACCGGCCAUGUAGGCUCAGUUUCUGUGAAUGACAAGUAGUUAUUAUAUAGCUUAAACUAUCUAAUUUUUCUGUUUAUUUUUAUUUUUAACUUCUUCUGAUUUCCUCGCAACAAAGCCGAAUGAGUGACAGACCACUGUUGUAGUCUCCUCUGUAACGCCAUCGUUGUUCCGACUUAGCCAAAAAAAAAUAGAUGAUAAUUAUAGCAGAAAGGAAUAAACUGCAAGUGAACAUCUUGAGCAAGAAUCUUGCUGUUAGUUUGAACUCCUGAAUGAGUUUAAAUUUUCUGUGCAGUUUAUUUACAGACUCUCCCCCAUUUUUCCUUUUAUAAGGGGGGGGGGGGGGGGGGGGGGCGGGGGGUACCCGGCAAAAACCCCCACCCACCCCCUUUUCCUCCUUUUCCCCGGGGUUUUUUCCCCCUUCCCCCAAACAAAACACCCCGGCCCCAGCCUGCAAAACCCCCCCCACCCACCCCCCCAAAAAAAAGCGCCUUUACAAAAGCCACAACUCAGAAUAAGCAGAUGCACCGGCCAUGUAGGCUCAGUUUCUGUGAAUGACAAGUAGUUAUUAUAUAGCUUAAACUAUCUAAUUUUUCUGUUUAUUUUUAUUUUUAACUUUUCCUGAUUUCCUCGCAACAAAGCCGAAUGAGCGACAGACCACUGUUGUAGUCUCCUCUGUAACGCCAUCGUUGUUCCGACUUAGCCAAAAAAAAUAGAUGAUAAUUAUAGCAGAAAGGAAUAAACUGCAAGUGAACAUCUUGUGCAAGAAUCUUGCUGUUAGUUUGAACUCCUGAAUGAGUUUAAAUUUUCUGUGCAGUUUAUUUACAGACUCUCCCCCCUUUUUCCUUUUAUAAGGGGGGUGGGGGGGGGGGGGCGGGGGGUGUACACUGGCUAAAGCACUAGCCUAACCCUUUUCCUUCCUUUUCCUCGGGAUUUUUCCACCGUUUCCCCAAACAGAGAGCCUGUGCACAGGCUGCUAAAGCACCUGCAUGCCAUCACCGAAAAAGAAGUGCCUUAUCUAAACGUCAAGCUGUCAAGAAUGUACAUGUACCAGUAUUAUUAUUUAUCUCUCAUUUGAAUGAGUUUCACCCAAAGACUCGAACCACACCAGAGACCAGAAAAAUUAUUAAUUUGAAGAUAUCAUUAUGCACGUGUUACUUGUUAUAGAAUUCGAAUGGUUCGUUGCCUUCUUUAUGUAGAACCUGUACUGUAUUAUUGCCUUUCACAAAAGCUGUGUGUGCGCGAAAAACCUGUUUCAGUCGCUUAAAU